AUGUACAGCAAGAGAAAGUCCGGCCGAGAAGACACAGUAAACGGGCCCCUCGACAGGACCCACCUACCAAAGGAGGGACCUAAGGUCUCAACGAGGGAGCCCCGCGUGCUCUCCCAGCCCACCCGCACCACACCUCACCCUCAGGAACUCGGGUGCAGCCUGUCAAAUCGUAAAUGGCGACACGACAAGAACAACAAAAGACGUCGACAAGCAUCAGCAGCUUCGAACAGAGCACAGGAGGAACGCGCGGAAAAUAGGAGAGUUAAAGUCGAAGGGAAGGAACAUAAGGAGGGUCCGACAUACGACCUGCACCCGCGUACGAAGGCUCAACUAAAGACAGCGAGGGAACCGAGAGGAAGAACGCGAAAGAUCGGCAAGCGCGUGAAAGAGACAACAGGAAAGGAAAAGAGAGGGAUACGCCGAUCAGCCCGAGUGUCCCACUUAGGGACCGACCCACUGAGGAGGCGAACGAAAGAAAGCAGCAGCAAGACCAAAUCGGACCCUCGACACGAGCCGCGAGACAAGCAUGAGUGCUCCGUGAACAAGCCCUCACGCAUGGAACAAGUCGGACAGAGCGAGCACCCCACCACCGGAAAACCGCGCGCCGCAGCCCGAACACCGAGCACGUGGAAGGCGCAGAAAGUGUAA